UCACGCUCGAACCCUUUUGACCAUUGUUGACACUUAAGCAGUGUAAGCUCCUCCUUCAGUUUAUACGAUCAAAAAGUUCGAAUUCUACGUUGAUAACUCUGAAGAUUCUGUUAACUCUCUGCAUUGCUCGUGAGAAAUCCACUCGCCGUGACCAUUUCAAGAACCCUCUGCGCAACAAAUGGCCGGCGCAAAACCCAUCCUUUUUACCCUCUGCAUCGUCCUCUUUUCACUCCGCAUGGCCUCGGCCCAGGCCGACAGCUGCACGAACCACACCUUCUCGGGCGACCGAGCCUUUGACUCGUGCACCGACCUCCCGGUCCUCGGCGCCCACCUGCACUGGACCUACAACCCCGCCACCACCAGCCUCCACGUGGCCUACCGGGCCUCCCAGUCGCCCUCCGGGUGGAUCGCGUGGGCCAUCAACCCGACGGGGACGGGCAUGGUGGGGUCACAGGCCAUCGUGGCAUUCCAGAACUCGGACGGGACAAUGAACACCUACACGACGCCGAUCGACAGCUACAGCCCGUCUAUGGCGGCGAAGGAGCUGAGCUUCAGGGUGUCGAAUGUGACGGCGGAGUACGAGGGCGGCGAGAUGGCGAUAUUCGCGGUGGUGGGGCCGCUGGAGAACGGGACGACGAGCGGCGUGAACCAGGUGUGGCAGACGGGGGACUCGGUGGUGGGCGGGGUGCCGCAGGUGCACGCGACGUCGGGAGAUAACGUGAAGUCCAUGGGGACGAUCGACUUUGUCUCCAAGUGAGGGAGAGAGAGAGAGAGAGAGAGUAUGUGUUUAGGUGGCGCAUGUGUGUUUUCUUUCUGGUGUUUUGUGCUGGCUACUGUGUUAUUCUGCUUUGUGCUAUUUAUGAAUCUCGCGGUUUACUCA